AUGGCUUCUCUUAUAGAAUCUGGAACACAGUAUAUGGUAGUUGAUCUUGGAGGUGGUACAGUGGAUGUGUCGGUCCAUGGAAUGAGCCCGGACGGUACACUGAAUGAGCUGCACAAAGCAAGUGGUGGUCCUUGGGGUGGAACAAACGUUGACGAUAACUAUAUUGCGUGGCUUGCUCAGAUUUUCGGACAUAGGGCAGUUGAACGUUUUCAGACAGAGGAUAUGGCAAGUUUCUUCGAUCUCCUUAGAGAACUCGAAACCAAUAAAAGAUCGGUUAGAUUUGAUGCUAUGCAACCUCUUAUCUUUAAAAUUUCAGCAGCUUUAAAGGAAAUAUCGGAGGAAGAAGAAGGCGAUACCUUGUCUAUAAGAUUUGCUGGAAAAGGUGUGGUCGUCAAAAGAGACAAGAUGAAAAUUGACCCAGCUGUUGUAAGACAAUGGUUUGACGGACCGGUUGAUAAUAUAAUUGGACACAUUAAAGGAAUCCUUUCUGACCCCAGUAUGGGUGGAGUGAACACUAUUUUACUAGUUGGUGGGUUUGCCGAAAGUAAAUAUAUUCAAGAGAAAAUGAUACAUGCUAUUAACUAUAAGCGAUUUAUUGUACCAAAUGAUGCAGGCCUGACAGUUCUCAAAGGGGCUGUAAGAUUUGGACAUGAACCAACUAUCAUAUCAACUAGGGUUAUGAAGUACUCAUAUGGCAUCAACGUGACACGAAACUAUGACGUAACAAAAUAUCCUGCAUAUCGCAUUACAUUCGUAAAUGGCAAACCCAUGGUAAAUUCUGUUUUUGAGAAAUUUGUGAGUGCUGGUGAAACUGUAAGAGUUGGUCACGAGGCGUGUACAUUUGGCAUACCAGUUAGCAUGAACUCUUCGGCUGUGGCAGUUUUUCGUGCAGCCGACCCAGAUCCGAAAUUUACAACCUACCCUGGUUGUGUAAAACUUGGCAAUCUAGUGGUUCACCAUCCAGAGGGAGAUACACUGGAAGAUAAACUUACAGAAAUUACAAUAACAUUUGGCGAGACUGAGCUGAGAGUUAAAGCUAAAAUUAUCAAAACAGGCAAAGAGUUCAAUACAAUUAUUGACUGCUUGCAAUAA